UUGUUUUUACCGCAUUCAACAGUGUUUUCAAAGCAAGGGGCGAAAGUCAAGGCUGUAACAGUGGAGGCUCACAUACGGAGGGAGAUCCGCUAAAGUAAUGCCGUUUAUCCCUUAAGAACUGAAGGAGGGGGGGGGGGGGGUAAUUCAUGGCAGUGAACGGAGGUAUCACGAUCCUAAUGUGAAAUCUCACCAGUGUUUUCAACGAUGCGGACUUGGACACUUUUACCAUGGAGCUGCAAGAGUAAAGAAUAACAGUAGGAGUCUAGUAUCGUGACAGAAACCUUUUUUUUUUGCUUUAAAGUAUGAUUUAAAGAAAGAUCGUCCCUGUAUAUGGAUUGAUUUUUUUUUUCCCCUUGCUCUCGCUUCUCAGCAUUCCCUCAGUCAGUCGACGGGGUUUUUGCCAUUACAGCUCAGUAGAGGGUGUCAGAUUAUUCUUAGAGCACCGCGCUAGGAUGAACACUGUCUCUGCGUUUCUCCUUUUGUGAUUCCCAAAACCGCCACAAAAGGGGGGGAGAGACGAGCGAGGCAACACGCCGAAGGAUGUGAGGGGGGAUGCGGGUGUUUUGCAGCGGUGAGAUCGCUUCUAAAGCUCCAGCGCACGGUGUGAAUUCAGCACCAGCGGAGAGGGGACAGCUUCAGACGCCGCAACACGCAGCAAGACUGGAGGAGAAAAAAGGCACGGAUUUGUUCUCUUUUGCUCUGCCAAGGUCAGUGUUCAACGAACUGAAAACAGCCGAAAGAUGUGUUGGACUCUACUGUCGCCCGCUGCUUUCGAUUUUGAUCAUAAACACGCUCUGAGGAUUCAGUCGAUGUGAAAAAGACGUUUUUGUGGGCAUUUUCAAACUGGAAAUCUGGACACAAGCGCAGGUUAGAUGCAGCAUGGAUCUGUUAUAAAAGAUUGCUUUAUCUUCUCCCUAAAUGUCUCUAUCUACCAUUUUUCCUCUCACUGAUGUAGACUGAAUUCACAGCUCGUAUGUCUUAAAACCGGGAAUGAAUUGUCCACGUUGAAAAAUGCUGCUUUGGAUUGUUCUGCUGAAUGCGGCUCUUUGUGUUGCUGGUGGAAAUGUUACAAAGGACAUUUGUAAGGACCAGAUAUGCUCUUGCAACGAGAUCGAGGGAGAUCUGCACAUAGACUGCGAAAAAAGGAGCCUCACCACUCUGCAGCAUUUGACUGGCCCGAGCUCGCAUUUUUAUCACCUGCUGUUGCACGGAAAUUCUCUAUCCAGGCUAUUUCCCAACGAGUUUGCCAACUUUUACAAUGCUGUGAGCUUGCAUUUGGAAAACAAUGGCUUGCACGACAUUGUCCCCGGCGCCUUUCUGGGACUGCAGCUGGUGAAAAGGCUGCACAUCAAUAACAAUAAGAUACGAUCAUUCAGGAAGAGUACAUUUCUGGGGUUAGACGACUUGGAAUAUCUCCAAGCUGAUUUCAAUCUACUGAGGGAUGUUGACCCCGCCGUUUUCAGGGACCUAAACAAACUUGAAGUGUUAAUACUUAACGACAACCUCAUCAGUGCGCUACCUAUAAACGUGUUUCAACAUGUGCCCAUUACGCAUCUCGACUUGCGGGGGAACAGAAUCAAAACGGUGCCUUAUGAGGGGGUCCUUGAGCAAAUACCGGGCAUUGCGGAGGUUUUGUUGGAGGACAACCCAUGGGACUGUAACUGCGACCUGGUUUCUCUUAAGGAAUGGCUGGAGAACAUACCGCAUAACGCUCUUAUUGGGAGGAUGAUAUGCGAGGCUCCCACCAGGCUGCAGGGGAGCGACCUGAACGAGACAUCAGAAGCGGACCUGUGUCCUUCACAGAGCGGCAGCGUGGACACCAGCCUGGUCGCCCCUCCCACCCAGGAGGAGGCCUCUGAGAGCGAGGCUCAGGUUCCGCGUCCCACGCCUUACAAGCCCAGCAGAGACACCAGCGGUCCCCCGACGCCUGGCCACGGAGCCAAGAGCCGCUCCAAAUCUCGUGAGAACUGGCAGCUGAAAACGAGGCCAACUCCAGUGGUGUCAGGUGAGAACGGGGACAGAGAGCUGCCUCACAACAUGACGUGUCCCCAGCCUUGCAAAUGCAAGCUGAUCGGCACCAGACAGGGCCUGGGGGUCUUGUGCGAGGGCAACAAGAUUGAAAGCUUAUCCAACCUCAAGCCUAAACCCCUGGCUGCACACGAAUUGAACAUGCGAAAUAACAACAUACACGCAGUGAAAAAGAACCACCUGCUCGGCUACACCAGCCUCAAUUUGCUUGAUCUGGGGGGGAACAACAUCAAGGUGAUUGACAACAGCACUUUUAUAAACCAGAGCGAGCUCAGAUGGCUGUAUAUGGAUAAGAACUAUCUGGAUACGCUGAUAGCAGAGAUGUUUGUGGGCCUCGGGAAUCUGGAAUAUCUCAGUUUGGAAUACAACGACAUCCAGAUGAUAGUGGCAGGUGCAUUCAGCCCUAUGCCUAAUCUCAGGGUCCUGUUCCUCAAUAACAAUUUGCUGAAAUCUUUACCAAACGAUGCUUUCCUUGGGAUUUCUUUGUCCAAAAUAAGUCUUCAUAAUAAUUAUUUCCCCUAUCUGCCCGUGCCGGGAGUGUUAGACCAGCUAAAUUCAAUCAUACAAAUCGAUUUGCACGGGAAUCCGUGGGAUUGCUCGUGCAACAUCGUGCCCUUCAAGCAGUGGGCGGAUAAACUCGGGGACGAUGUGAUAGUGAGUGAUCUCAAAUGCGAGUCACCCGAAGAGUUCUGGAAACGAGAUUUCCGCCAAGUCCGGAACGACCUCAUGUGCCCUAAACUCCUUGACAAAGUUUCCCCCACACCCCUGUCCAAAAACAGCACUUUCACCCAGGACUCGGGGACGCGCUCGAACUCUUAUUUGGAGCCGAACAGGGUCUCGAUCUCUGUGCUCGUCCCCGGGUUGCUGUUGGUGUUUGUCACGUCCGCUUUUACUGUCGUGGGGAUGCUUGUGUUUAUCUUGCGGAAUCGAAAGCGAUCAAAGCGGAGGGACGGGAAUUCCUCCGCCUCAGAGAUCAAUUCCUUACAGACAGUGUGUGACUCGUCGUAUUGGCACAGUGGGCCUUAUCACGCAGACGGGGGCGCGCACAGGGGCUUCGACUGCAGCACGCACCUUUCCACGACAAAUGAUGCGUAAAGAGACUCUGGGUCUAGUACAAUGAACCCAUACCGGACUGGAUUACAAACAUGUCAUACAGACACACUGAUGCACACAUGACUGCAAAUCAUCCAGCUUUUGUUCGUCAGUGGCGAACACAGACUUGUUUAUGUCUUGUAUUCGCCAGUUGAACCAAGUAAAUCAGUCUGCUGCUGCUCAGGCCCCACUCUGUAAUAUAUGUAUAUGGCAAGCCCCCUGGCUUAAACCCCUCCCUCCCUCCUCCUCCCAGUUCUGCUAUUUGCCGCAAUCGGACUACGGAUAUGAGACAGAGAAAAGGGAGAAAAAGAAGCGAGGGAGAGGGCGUGUGUGUGUGUGUGAGAAAGAGAGAAAGAAAGAGAGAGCGAGAGAGAAAGCAAAGACCGAGGACCCAGGACAUGGUGCACGAACGCAUGAAUGUAAAUGUAAAUACUCGGACCGAUGUAUCAUAAUCUGCAAUGCAUGAUGAUAUUUCGCAUGGUUUCAACACACACACGACGGCGAGGAACCAUAACCACCAUAACCAACAAAGAAGCAAACUCGACCCUUUCAUGUUAUAUCAAUAUGACGACAAUAUAUAGAUAUUAAGAAUUAUAUAUGACUAUUACAAAGUGCCAUUUCUCUAUUUUUUGUGAACCUGCAGUCAGGAUUUGUAUUUGUUGUUUUAAACUUGUUUGAAGAAAAGAGAAAAAAAAAUUAACUGAUAACAAUGACUCUCGGAAAGGAGUGAUGGAAGUGCUGUCAGUGCAUGUUAUUUUCUGUUUGUUAUCAUUUGAUUGUCGAUAAAUAUUGGGGUUAUUUAUACCGUACUAGAUGGUGCAGAUUAAAUCCAUGUCUGCGCAGUCAUCAUCUCCUUUAUGAAUGUAAACUGUGUUAUUUUAUGGUGUGCCAAUUGUUGACUUUCAGAUAUUCAGACAUGCAGAUGAGCAUGACCAAUUAACGUCACUCAGAUGCUUAUGCUGCAAAGUUAAUGUAGCUAAAAUAACAGUUCUGUGGUUUUGUGUGUCAAUGAAUAUAGCCUGCUUUGGGUGAGAGGAAGAAAAAAAACAAGUCAUUUAAAAUGGGGGGUUUAUACCAUCAUAUUUUUUCAACAACUGAGCAAAGAAGUGUUUUCAAUCGAGCUAUGUAGGUAUAAUUCGAUCUAUGUAAACAGCGCAGGUAGACUGAUAUAGACUAGAAUGCUUUUUUAAUGUCAGAAAAAAAAGUAUUCCUCCACAUAAAAGCUUAUGGCUAUGAUUCACUUUCAUUAUGUUGUGAGCUUUUGUAAAGCCAUCUAAUCUUGUCCAAAUAAGAGAAUUGAAACUGUAUUUACUACAACAUGUGCUUGAAAUAGGCUGUUUGGGGUGUGGGUUUUUGCUUUCUAACAAACUGGGGCCAUGACAUGGGAAGAACUCAGCAUGUGGCCAGACACAGGAGUGUAUCUCCUUCACUAAGGGGAUUACAAAAACACACACACACACAUAGGCGGAGCUAAUUUGAUAAUGCAAGAUGCCUUUUUCAAAUCAGCAUUUUGAACUUGAGAUACUCUUCUCGAGGGGGUAGCAUGGUUUUUGUGGGCUCAUGAAAACAAUGCCAUGACUGAAUACCUGUUUUGCAGUGCUUUGCUGCUUAUUAGCCUAUACUGCUUCAAAAGAGCUUGGAUUUGGAUAAACAACUAAAAGAUUAAACAGUUGGGGCACACUUCAGUCUUCACAAAUUUCUUCUCUGCAGUGUCUAAAACAGAUGCAAGGAAUGUGCAAUUUUCUUUUGUCUAACAAUGAAAUAUUCUAUUGCCGCUGACAUCUUUUUGUCUGUGCAUUUCUUUAAGAAACCUACUCUAGGAUGCCUAAUUCGGACAAGCUUUCUGUAUCAUUCGGCAACAAUUCUAACAUGCCAUGGCCAUGAUGAGAGUGUACAGAUGUUGAUGUGAGAUAGGGUUACACCCCCAAACCCCCCCUCAGUGCCCCCCCCAUCUUCCCCCUGCUAGUAGGACUACAGUAUUUCCCCCAGUGUGCAGACUAGCAUUGUCCAUGGUGCUGAAUCACUUCUCCCCUGCUUUCUUUGUCUGCCUGCCCCAUGCUGACUGUGUGUGUGUUUGUGUGGGAAGCCUGCAGAGAGAGAGAGAGAGACAGAGAGAGAGAGCUAGCGUGACAAUAUGCAUGUCUGCCCCCUUACUUUCCCCACUGCCCCCCCCCCCUCCCAUUAGCACCAUGUAACCAUGUGCAGCUUGACCUUGGGGACUAACAUUUCAGCAGAUCUGUGACAAACACUCAUCAUCAUCACCUCCCUGCAGUUCUGUCCCGUCACCUUGCUCCCCCCUUCAAGCCCCGUUUCCCCAAUUUUCUGUUUAAUCACAACGGGUGUUGGUGUUGGUGGAGGGGAGUGGGUGGUUGUGGGUAACUAUGUGUCUCUUCUGUGGAGUAUUACCGUGCCACAGCCCACUGAUGAUUUGUCAUGAUUUUCAAACGCUGUGUUUCAAAGUUACAUUUAUAUGCUUUGCGAUAUUUGACCUGCUUCUAUUUUGUUAAAUAAAGUGUGGUUGAGGUUGAGUAAAAAACAACAAAAAAACA